AUGACUGCAUCUCCGUCGACAACCCAAGCAACUCAUAUGAUGCAACAACAGCAGUUCAAUACAACCAAUGCUAAUUCAAGCAGUUCAUCGUCUCAAGAUCAGAAUAUCACUAACACGAACAAUACUAACACUACUAGCGCUACGACCAUCUUACCAAACUAUAAUUCACCGCAGUCAUCAUUGAUAAUACAACAACCGUCAUCUGUAGGUGUAACAUCAAUGCAACAAACUGCUAUACAACACAGAGGACCUAUGAGUGUUCCUUCAGCUAUUUAUCAGCAGCAUCCUCAUGAUGGUGGAAUGACAAAUGUGCAACUGAUGUCGAGCAAUGAGGCCGAUAAAGCAGCCACUGAAGAGCCUUUAUACAGCCAGAAAUUAGAACAACUAAAGGCAUAUCAAGAUCAGAUCCGACGUAUCAUUGAAAGAAAUCGUCUUGAUGGCCAACAACCAAAGCAGAAGUACGAGCGACUCAUUGAAAUCAUGGAAGGCCGACGGAAAGUGGAUCUGAAUUUAAUGGAGAAACUGAUCGUAAGUGUUAAAUGUACGGUUGAGCGAAGUUCAGUUUGCUAUCCUCUGUUAGAAAUUGCACGUAUCGAUUCGAACAGUCUCUUAUCCGAUACUUUAAAAUCAUCACUUCCAGACCCUUGGAUUGAUUUCAGGCAGUAUUCAAUUAAAGUGCCUGAUGAGGUGAUUGCCAUCACGAAUGAAAAUAUAAAUAAACAGUCACCACAAAAGAGAAAUGCUUCAUUCGGUGGAGUCGCUUCAAAGAGAAUCAAAAAGGAAGAUGGAUUGCCAGUAUCUGUCAGUGUCGAUGAAAAGAAAGUGAUUGGCGCAUCCGAGAAACGCAUUUUGGUUGAUUGUAGCGAUGGAUCCAAAAUUGAACUCUCAAAUGAAGUUUGUGGAGAAUUACGGAACGCUCGUUUCAGGUUUGAUACGGAUCUGCUCCCGAUUUCAAGUGAAUCAACCGAAGUUCAUGUGCUCAUCGAGAAUGAUUCAUUAUUAGUACCUCCGUUACGUUUGGUAAUACCCGUCAAAUAUCCAGAGGUAGGAGCAUCGAUAUGGCGAGAUCAGUGGUCAUUUGGCAGUGAUUUGGAUAGUGAGGUGAAUGUUCAUUUUGAGAAACGUCUGGCGAUGACUAAUAAUUCAUCAUCUGUUGCUGAGAUUAUCAACGCUUGGCGAAUUGCAUGUGAACAUGCAAUUCGGGUCAGUUGA